CCAAUAGACAGUUAAAGUCAUUUACGUAGGCAGCUGGAAGAGAAAGCAAAAGUAAAUCACACAAGCCUUUACUGCUUAUGUUGCUGCCCUGCAUCCAGCGACACUGAUUUUCCAUGAUCCUGCCCUUUAUACGGCAACACUGCUUGUCCAAGUUCCUGCCCAGCACCCGGCAUUACUGCUUUUCCAUGCUCCUGCGCUUUAAUCAUUACCUGGAUGUCUUUCAGAUCUCACUUCUUCCCAGCAUUGGGCAUGCCUCCAGUCAGAAAGCGCUGUAGGAAGUCAUCCCUCACUCCGAGUGAGGUUACGGGCCUAGAACCUACAAGAGAAGAAAUUGCUCUACAUGACCUGGAAUCUGGGACUGAAACUAAACCCACAGAGUCCAGUGAGGCUCUUGUGGUCCAGGAGACACCAGAAGUUCCACGGAAAGAACAACUGGUGACUAUAUUUAACAUAAACCUCAUGUAUCAUAUACACCAGAAUGAUGAUAUAGACAUCUGCUCAAACCACCUGGUUGGACAUUGUUCUCAGUUUCUUCUUUGCCCGAAACAUCACACAGUUUUACCAUAUGCAUGGCAGCUAAGGUACAAAAGCUCAAACAUAUGGUGGAACGUGGAAGACGGGGCUCAGCAAGUCCUGGAGAGGCUGUACAGUGACCCCGCUAAGGCACAAGUGACUGGAAUACAUCAGAGCUCUGAGAUCCUCAUUGACCUCGAUUGUAUGACGGUCCACAAUAGCCAAGUGUUUGAUUGUGUCCGACGUCUCUCCACCUCCAGGUGUUCCGCUCUGGAGUUUCACACCAGCUACAAGUAUUACUAUGAGGUCAAAGAUGAUGUGUGGGAGGAAUAUGGUCCGGACUUUAUGAAGUGCAUAGAAGAAGGCCUGAUGGACAAUUGUGAGGAGGUGUUCUGUAAGAGCUCCAGGUACACCUACUCUCUUCAUCUGACGGACAUGGUGCAAAAUAAUCUUGACACCAGAACCAAGAGGAGGAUGAGGAAGAGACCAGUAUUCCGAUCUUCUGCCUUAAUGACAUCGACGCUCUGGACACUCUCCAGUUGCCUGCCCCCUGUCUGCCCCCCAAAUUCAGACUCACCAUCUAACAAGCACAAGACUGCUGGAAGUGUGUACCCCAAUACCUGGCUGAUAACUGACACCUCACUCAUUUAUGAAGAGACCCAGCUGUCAUUUGCAGACAGUGAGUACACGGCAGUGUACAGUUACUUCCACAAGACGAUGCCGGAGCACAAAUAUAUCAUCCACCAGAUCUCCAGGGUACAGAACUACUUCCAGUGGGAGAAAUAUUUUAGGAAGAGGGCGUACAUGUCUCGGAGUCCUGGCGGCACAGAGAAAAUCACUUUGGAGCGACAUCUUUUCCAUGGCACAAAGGCAGCCAACGUAGAGGCCAUCUGUAAGCAGAACUUUGAUUCCCGUGUGUCCAAAGUGGCUAUAUAUGGUAAAGGCUGCUACUUCGCCAGGAACGCCCGCUAUUCUCAUGACUAUUCUCAUGCCAAUACAGAUGGUUAUCGCUUCAUGUUUCUCGCCAAGGUGCUAAUGGGGUGCCCUACUGUGGGCCAAUCUUCUUUUGUUCGUCCCCCACCUUUAAGUGCUGAGGACCCCUCAAGUCUCCUCUAUGACUCUUGUGUGAACAAAUCCCAAAACCCAGACAUAUUUGUUGUGUUCGAUAAUGAUCAGUUUUACCCCUACUUUCUCAUCAAAUACUGUGAGAUGCUGAAUGUGAUUCUACUGGAUUAAGGACUUUUAUUCCUGGGGGCGUGGCUUGGACGCCAUACUGAGCGGCGGUGGGCUUGGAGGCUGGUGCACAGCAGCGGGUUGCGGCCUGCUUCCACCCUCCAAGCCGGGGACUAGAGUUUCUGAGGUGGCCGAAGGUGUCUCCGGGACGGGCGGACGGGCGCGAUUGCAGAGGCCCGGCAGCUGGAUUUUUUUCUAGGGGCACCCAUCAGAUCCCCACAGUGUCAGCUUCCCACACGAGACUCCGCUGGGCGAGAAGGAGAAGCCCCACAGAGGUGAGAGGGAUAGAGGCAGCUGGAGGCCCUGGCUGGGAGAACUGCGGCGGCCAUCUUUGAUCAGGGCACUGACAGGCACUGUGUAUUAGACUGGCUGGGAUCAACUACAAGGCAGCAUUGGAAUCCUAACUUUUACACAGACACUUUGGUUCCCUGCUUCUCCCCAGCUGCAUUGAACCUGUUUCUGACCAGGGCUAUUUAUUUCCCUUGCCCCUCAAUGCUAUAUUAAACUCUCCUCCUAUUUCAUCUCUGACACGUAUUCUGCUUUUAUUAUCUGAAGUGGGCUGCCUGCCAUCGCCCUUCCACCUCUGGACCACCCGUAACAAUGGCCCUCAUUCCGAGUUGUUCGCUCGCAAGCUGCUUUUAGCAGCUUUGCACACGCUAAGCCGCCGCCUACUGGGAGUGAAUCUUAGCCUAGUAGAUUUGCGAACGAAAGAUUAGCAGAUUUGCGAAUAGACACUUCUUAGCAGUUUCUGAGUAGCUCGAGACUUACUCUGCCACUGCGAUCAGUUCAGUCAGUUUCGUUCCUGGUUUGACGUCACAAACACACCCAGCGUUCGCCCAGACACUCCCCCGUUUCUCCAGCCACUCCCGCGUUUUUCCCAGAAACGGCAGCGUUUUUUCAAACACACCCAUAAAACGGCCAGUUUCCGCCCAGAAACACCCACUUCCUGUCAAUCACAUUACGAUCACCAGAACGAAAAAAAAACCUCGUAAUGCCGUGAGUAAAAUACCUAACUUAAUAGCAAAUUUACUUGGCGCAGUCGCACUGCGGACAUUGCGCAUGCGCAUUAGCGACUAAUCGCUCUGUUGCGAAAAAAUAAUAAUGAGCGAUCAACUCGGAAUGACCACCAAUGUGAAGAUCCCCACCCACCUCUCUGACAAUGCUGAUAUCCACCUGAUGAUCCUUUAAAGUCACGUGGGGGGCUACUGCAUGGUGAUGGUCCACGCAUUUUUAUAAUACCAAGGACACGUAAAGAAUAUCCUGUCCCGCCAUUUCUUAUAGAACGUUUUCAUGGUGAGAGGUACUAAAAAGAAGACCAAGACCAAGCCAGACGGGACUCCGAGAUCUGCUUUCCGCCACUCGUCUGACUUACGUCAGUUCUUAACGCCUGGUGCAGACCUGUCUUUUACUUCAACGGCUCCUGAUUCCCCGACCUUGUCUAACCCGGCUGACGAUAUGUCCUCCCCUAGGGACACGCAGCCUCAGGUGGCCUCUUCUCUGACCGCAGAAAUAAGCUAGAUCUUAUCCCACAUCAGAUCUCUACCCACAAAACAGGAUUUUUUGGCAUUGAAGAAAUGGAUAAUCGUGGGAGACUGAAUAAUAUUAGAAUCAGAGGCCUACCUGAAAGCAUCCAACAGGCCGACCUGACGAAUGCUCUCACAAAAAUAUUUGGAGAACUCAUUGAUCUAGAUCCAAACAGUAGUAUUGUGUUUGACAGGGCGCAUCGUGCUCUCCGGCCUCGAGGCCUACUAUCAGCCCGCGAGAUGUGAUUUGCAGGCUCCAUUACUAUACUCAAAAAGAGGAGAUAAUGAGGAAGGCCCGUCAACUGGAUGAAAUCAAUUCCAAGGCGACCAGAUACAAAUAUUUUCAGAUCUGGCAUGGUCGACUCCACGACAACGCCCGAGCUUUGAAGCCCCUUACUGAUGUCCUUCGGAAACUUAAAUUUAAAUAUCGUUGUUGGGGCUUCCCUUUUUCUCUUCAGGUUUCUCAUAAUGGUAAAGUACCUACGCUCUUCAAGCCAUCGGACUUGCCGACCUUUUUCACUACCCUCGGCAUGCAACCGCUACUGUUACCAGACUGGGAAUAUUUCCACCACCAACCUGAACUCCCUUCCGUGGCUCUUCAAGAUGAUAUGUGGCAACAAGUUAGAUCACUGCAGAUGUGUGGGAAACAUCCUCCAAGCCCACAAUCUUCUGAGCAGCCUUGAUUGUGAUGUUUUGCCUCCCGUUGGUGAGAUGGUUCCUGUCAUUGCUGACAUAUGCUUUGUUCUUUUUCUUUGUGCUAAUCAAUGUUACUGAAGCAUAUUGUCUGUUUCUACUGUUUGUGUGGUAUACAGUCUGUUACUGUUAGGGUUUGAUUUGAAUAUGUCCAUACUGGAACCCCUUUACUGGUUGUAACAGCUCUUUUCCAGAUUUUGGUUUUUUUAUACUUUGCAGCGUGCUAGUUUUCGUUCCUUGGUAAUUUUGGAUCUUGAUGACUUUAUAGUCCGGGCAGUCACUAUCUUUGGACCCCCCACUAUGCUGCCAUCUCUGUCUCUUUGGGAUGGGAGUCGGCAGGUUUUCGCUCCUGACCCUUUUGCAGCAGUCCUUUCCUUCUUGUUGCUUGUUUUAUUUUACACUUACGUACUCCGUUGUGUAUCUCUUUGCACGACAAUCCUUCUCACCUUUCUUGUUAUCUUUUUAUCUCUAUUACUCUUCCCUAGUGCCUCUUCAACCCCCCCCCCUCCCAUUUUUUAUAUAUGAUGCUGUAUGAAGAUCCUUUCUGGUCUGAUUUAUAAUGGGUUCAGAUGAUUUACAUGUAACUACCCUUAACGUAAAAAAGGCCUAAAUAUUCCUGAGAAAAGAUCUAAACUUCUUAAAUGGCUUAGAGAUGAAAAGGUAGACGUUGCCCUCAUUCAGGAGAUGCAUUUUAGGAUUGGUAAUGUACCAUCGCUUAAAUGUCACUACUCUCCCCAUGUUUUUAAAGCCAACAACCCUUCUGGCAAGACACUGGGAGUGGCAAUUUUAUUGGCGCGACACUUACCUAUCCUUAAUGUCUCUUCUCAUAGGAUAAUUGAGGGAAGGGGUUUAUUAGUUAAAUGUGAUAUCCAUAACCAACGUUUUUCCUUUUUGAACAUCUAUGCUCCCAAUACAAAGCAGCCUUCCUUUCUGUCUUCGGUUCUAGAAAAAGUUGAACAUCUCCUUGAAGGGGUACUGGUGAUGGGAGGCGAUUUAAAUUGGACUCUCGAUCCUCUUCAUGACACCUCAAAAAAAGUUUCCCAUAGACCAGAAAAGGAGUUAAGGAGGGUGAGAUGCACCCUGCUUGACCACCAGCUGUCGGACACCUGGAGACUGACACACCCCUCUGAUGUAGAUUAUUCUUAUUUUUCACAUCCUCAUCAGUCAUACUCCAGAACAGAUUAUUUGUUUCUAAGUCACCGGCACCUCCAUUUAAUAUCUGACGCUUCGAUAGGGCAAAUUACAUGGUCUGACCAUGCCCCUGUUAAUCUUACAAUUCCAACACAAACACGAGGGCCAUGGUCGUGGCACUUUAAUGAUACCCUCUUACAAGACACAUCCUGCUGCACCCAAAUUGAUUCUGCCAUAGACGCCUAUAUUAGUACUAAUGAUCAUGAUGAUAUCUCUAAAGUUUCAGUUUGGGAAGCGCAUAAAUGCGUUUUACGAGGUGUUUGCAUACAGAUAGGCUCUCAUCGGAAAAAAACAAAGGGUAAAACAUAGAGAUGACCUACUAGCUAAGAUACGAAUUCUUGAGACUAUGCAUAAGAAAUUUAAAUCUCCACAACAUUAUUCUGACUAGAGAUGAGCGGGUUCGGUUCCUCGGAAUCCGAACCCCCCCGAACUUCAGCCUUUUUACACGGGUCCGAGGCAGACUCGGAUCUUCCCGCCUUGCUCGGUUAACCCGAGCGCGCCCGAACGUCAUCAUCCCGCUGUCGGAUUCUCGCGAGGCUCGUAUUCUAUCGCGAGACUCGGAUUCUAUAUAAGGAGCCGCGCGUCGCCGCCAUUUUCACACGUGCAUUGAGAUUGAUAGGGAGAGGACGUGGCUGGCGUCCUCUCCGUUAGAAUAGAUAGAGACGAGUUGAUUUACUACUAACUUAGUAAUUUUGGGGAGCAUUAGGAGUACUCAGAGUGCAGAGUUUUGCUGAUAGUUACUAGUGACCACCACCAGUUUUAUUUAUUAUUUAAUAUAAUCCGUUCUCUGCCUGAAAAAAAAC